AUGGAUAACCUAAGCAGUUCCAGUACCGGCCUUGUCAUCAUGGUGCAGAAGGGCUUGUUGCAUGAUGGUGGAACAUGCUUUACAGAACUGAGGCAGAUAUUCCGUGGUCCCAAUUUCUUCUUCAAUUCUUGGGCCAAAUCCUGGAGUGGAUGGCACCAUUUCCAGGUGAUUGGUGCUGCAGAGACAAUUCCCUCUCUGAUUGGGAUUAUCUGUUCAACAGGCUAAAUUGGAAACAUCCCCAUUGAGUUCACAAUAAUAAGGUCUGAAUUUUUAGUCCUUUUAGGAAAUGAUGGUCAUAGAGUUGGAUUUCUGAAUGUGGCUUGGGGGUGUCCAGGUGGAGCUGUCACAGCUGCAGGUUCUUCUGUAUCUUCCAGUUUGAUUCACAUCACUGGCAUGCCCUUUCUCAUUCACCAAUGGGCACAUGAAGGCAACUGUUUUGGCAGCCGUCUUUGCACCAUCAUUACAUCCCUGGACACAUGCAACCAGUUUACAUGCAAUGUUUUUGUAACUGCAAUGAGUUUUGACAGGUAUUACCUCACUCUUUUCCAGCUAUUUCACCUAACCCACCUGAGAACAAGAUCAAACACAAUUCAAAUCAAUUUAUGUUUAUGGGUUGCAUCCAUUCUGAUGCCCCCUGUGUGGGUCUACUCAAAAGUAAUAAAGUUCAGAGAUAGCUUGGAAAGUUGUGCUUCUGAUCUAACCUCACCUGAUGAUGUUCUCUGUCUGGUCAUCAUGUUUGUAGUAAGCACUGUCUCAUUCCAUGUGACCCAGCUCGUCAAUCUUCAGGUUUCUAAGCCAGCCCUGACCUUCUAUGUGAGCCACAGUGUCUCCAUCUGCCUCAGCUACACCAUCAGCAGCAUUAAUCCCUUUCUCUACAUCCUGCUUAGUGAGAACUUCCAGAAGCAUCUCCAGCAGUGCAAAAAUGUGGAAGUCAGGAUGGCAGAACUAGAUGUCAAUGUCAUUGAAAACACCCUCAAGUCAAGAUUUUGA